CAGACAGUCGGAUGCGCCUAGGCCGACAAUAUGGCCCCACACUAUGUGGUGGGGACAUAAAAACGGUGUAAAAUAUUCUUUAUGUACCAGCAAAGUAUGCAGGUUCUUUAAUGAUACACUAAAAGGUAGAACAGACUUUGAAUUACAAACUUAGAGAUAGGGGCCUAUGUCAUACACGAAACACAUUGUUACUGUAAUCUUCAAGAAAUAAAGCAGAAAAUAAACUUGUAAUAAGGAAGGUACUGAGACACCUUAUAUAUUUAGAUUACAGAACAGUUGAUAUUAUUGUGUUUUGCAAUUCAACAUUUUAAAAUUCAAAUAUUUUUGAGACAACACAUAGGCCAAGAACAAAACAAUAAACUCCCAAGGACAGAACACACAGACAAUGAAUUUUAAAAGUCAACAACUUCAAAAAUAUGUUAGUUUAAGCAUAGGGAUACUAGGAUCACUUAUAGCUGGAAUCGUGUAUGGAUUUAACAUAUAUGCGAUAUCCCUGAAACGGACAUUUAACUUCACUCAGAGUGAACUGGACAAUAUAGCAUCGGCAGGAGAUUUGGGAAUACCCAUGUCUUUUCCAGCAGGUGUUAUCGUAGACAGGUUUGGUCCAAGGAUAGCAUGUACUGUCUCACUAAUACUAACAACCAUGGGAUUUUUGCUUAUGUUGAUGGCAACUGAGUUUAGAUUAUUUUUUAGUUCAAAGUCCUGGCUUUUAUGUGCUUUUUACUUUCUGGCGUCAUUUGGAUUGAGGUUUCUUGUCAUAGCACCAAAGGUGGUCUGCUGCAAACUCUUUGACAGAAAACAUGUGGGUAAGGUGCUAGGACUUGUUGGUGCAUUUCGUGGGAUUAGUCCUGCAAUAUUUAGUGCCAUCUAUAGGGGAUUGUUUGUACAAGGACAUAUUGAAGAUGCAGAGAAUCAAAAGCUAGGAGAGUUUAUGAUAAUGCUAGCAGUACUAUCAGCUUGUAUAAAUCUCUAUGGUGUUGUGAUGCUUAAAGUAGCUCCAGAAGAGACAAGUGAAAGUGAUGAAACUGAACUAUCACCAGUAAGAAGAAGCGAUAUUGAUGCAAAUGGAGCAACAACAGAUGAGAAAAGCAAUGGUCCAAGGGAGAAAGAAAAUAAACAAAAAAUGAGCGAUACAACGGCACUUAUUGCAGAUAAAAUAGCAAGAUCACCCCAACCAGAGAUGAACUGUUUGCAAAUGAUUAAAACAAGUGGAUUUUACUACAUUUUUAUUAUUUGCAUAAUUUUUGCUGGUACAUGUGGGACAUUAAUAAAUAAUAUCACAAUUGUUGUCAAAUCAGCAAGGAUUGAUCCAUAUUCUUUACCUUUCCCAGUCGUUAUUUCAAUUUGUAUGUCAUUGGGACAACUUCUUGGUGGAACAGUGUCAGAUUUCAUUAUUCAGAAAUGGCCAGAUGUUCUGAGGGGAUCUUUUCUGUUAUUUCCUGGUAUUAUCUUCAUCAUCAGUCAAAUUACACUCAUAUUUUAUAAUCAAAGUUUGAUUUGUUUGAUAUUUUCCUCCGUAAUACUUUCUCUGUUGUUUGGUUCCGUAUUUCCUCUAACAAAUGUCAUCGUUUUAAGAUAUUAUGGUAUGGAACACUUUGGACAAAACAUUGGACUCAUUGCAGCUAGCUAUGGAAUAGGAAUGGUUUUAUUUCAAACUCUUUUUGCGUCGAAUUAUGACACCUACACAUCAUCUGGAUCAAAAGACUGUUAUGGAGAAAUGUGUACCAAAUGGUAUUUUGUUUUGAUGACAAUAAUAUGUUCUUGUGCAGUUUUUCUUAUUUUCUGUCUGAUGAAAAUUGAAAGAGAUCAACAACAAGAAUCUCUAAAGUCUUAGAUUCUAGUAUUGUACAGGGUGUAUGUUUAAGUUAGUUUGUUUAGAAUAAUAAAACCUGCUCCUUUUUUAUACAAAAAUAUUAUGUACUAAAAAAUAUAUAAACAUUUUGAAAUAUAAAUAAUUUUACUCAUAUAAUGUAACAAGUUACAAAUUAUCUGUUGAAUUGAUUAUAGUGAAUCAAAUUUUUUUGUGGCGGUUCAAUAGUGCACUUUAACAAUUUGAUAGUUCUUAUUCAGCAAUGGUGGGUAUUAAUAGAUCGUCUCAUUCAAGAAGAAUCAAAACUUGGUCUUUAAACACUACCAGCCAGAUAAACUCAGUCAAAUAUAUACUAUAUACAGUAAAACCUGUUUAAUGGAACGCAUUUCUGUAAUGAAAAGCCCUCCACAAGGAACAGUUUUCAAAAGAACCAAAUAUUUUUCCAUUAACUUACAUGUUAACUGACCCUCUCUUUAUGGAACAUCUGUCUACUAGGGACAGGGAACGGUGCUUUUGGGCAAAUUUUGAAAAUUCACCUGUUCACAAGGAACAUGGAAAAUAAGUUACACUGUACAGGUACAUCUAAUUGUUUCUCAAAGGUGCGAAUGGCUUAAGCCAAUAUGUGAUUCUAAAAACCUUAGAUUAAUAUGAAUGUUUAUUACCCUUAUCUUAUUUUUUUAAUUGAUCUGUUUGUUAUAAAUUGCAAAUUGACACUCAUGCUUUUUUUCAACAAAAGCUGAUCUCAUCUGAUAAGUUGAGUUAUUCUAGGGACAGACACAACUAUUUGAGGAGAUAAUAGAAAUGUAUUUGUGUGAUAUUGAGCCAUAUCUCUUUAAAUCUUAAAAAAGGUCCAAAUUUGCAUAUUGUUAAUUCUACAAAAUGGGGUUGAUGAAACUUGAAUAUAGACUCUAAGCAAUAUUGUAUUAAUUCAUCAUCUACAAUUAUAUGCUUAUUUGGCAAAUUGGUUUUUGGGAUCGGCCCAAAACAUGGACCCUCACUAUUGGGAACACCAGUCUACAAAAAAAACAAUUUUGGCCAGUCUGAAGAGCAUUCCUCGUUCCCAGGUUCUACUGUACAUGUAGUCUUAUAUGAGGCCCUUGUCCCGCCACUUUACAUUUUCAAAGUCAAGGUGUUUGGAACAAUAACAAUAAAAAAACUUGAUGCAAGACUUGAAGAAUUUUCAAUACACGUAUAACAUGACUGACCUGGGCCAGAUACUCUUGCAAUGAUCCUCCUAUCUGGGGCUUCACUAUGUUGUUCACUUGCAUCUUCCACCUUCUUGGAAUAACCCUCUCCUAUGAACGUCAUACUAAACGAUGAACCUGCAAUCU